CGAGCCACUUCACUUUGCUGGCUGAGAUAGUGCAGUUUGUAGAAUCUCAGGCACUGACGUCAAUAAGGCCCUGAUGCAGAUUAGAUCCUGGUCACCAGAGGCCACUCACCGCUAAAGCACUGGCGGGCCGAGGCCUGGUGAUCGCUCUCGGGGGAGCCAGGGGCCGGGACCCGGUCCUCUUGGCACCCAGGGAGCGGGGGGCUGGGACCCGGUCCUCUUGGCGCCCAGGGAGCGGGGGGCCGGGACCUGGUUCUCAGGGCACCCACGCUGUCAGCCUCCCUUGCACCCCGAGGUGGCGAGGUGGCUUCACUGCCCUGGCUGUGACCCCCCUCACGUCCCAGUGGGAAGACGCAUGAGGCCGUGGGCUGGGAAGCAGACAGCCGUGGGGUGCGCUCAGAAGAGUCAAAGCCGUGCUCCCUAGCAGGUUCCUAGCGUGUGUGUAAAUGUGGGUGUCUGCUGCCCAAACUCCAAGGAGACCGCUUGGUAAAUAGGGUGUUUUCCAUGUGAUGGAGCGGUAACCUGCUUUUAUCACCAAAUGACGUUGCUGUGUCACCACAGCAAAGCGGGCGGCCUUGGUGUUUUGUCUGCCCUGGGAAGGUGCAGCCUCCCAGCCUCCUGGUUCUCACCAAGCGGCACCUUCCAGAGACUGUGGGGGGAGGAGGAAGGUGCUAUGGGGGCAGAGAAAAUUGCCCCCGAGCAGGCACAGAAUCGAGGCUCAGAAUGGGGUGCAGCACGGCCUUCAAGGUCUUCACUGAGGCAGGGAGCCAGGAGCCCCCGGUGACGGUCACACCCCAGCGAUGGCUGAGUCACUAUUAGGAGCCGAGCUUUGAGCUGUGAGGCUCCCACCUCCUCAGGCCCCCGUGACCCAGGCCUCCAGGCUGCGGAGGGGAGUGAAGGGCGGAUGUGCUCUCCCCUCUGCCAGCAGCCCUGGUGCCCACUGGGUGGGUCCCUGGGUUACUAUCUGCCGGCUGUGGCUGAACUUUCGCGGGGCCUGUAGCUGGUUGUGACUGUCCUGCCUGGAUUCGGUCCGUGUCCUGCGCAGUGUGUCACGCGCUCACCUCUGUAGCACAAGCGGCGCUGAGUACAUGGCUGAUUCGUUUUUCACCGGCUGGCACCUUUCUUCAAAUGCUGGAACUACAUUUGCACGACUGUUCACUCAGGGGUGACUCGCUGGUGGGUGUCCCGGCGGGCGCUGACGGCUGGCUCUCCCGCAGGUGCCGCAGUGGUGUGCCGAGUACUGCCUCUCCGUCCAUUACCAGCACGGGGGCGUGGUGUGCACGCAGGCACACAAGCAGCCCGCCGUCCAGCUCGCCCUGCGCGUGGCGGACGAAAUGGAUGUCAACAUUGGCCACGAGGUCGGCUACGUGAUCCCGUUUGAGAACUGCUGCACCAGCGAGACGAUCCUGAGGUACUGCACUGAUGACAUGCUGCAGCGGGAGAUGAUGUCCAGCCCCUUCCUGGCCAGCUACGGCGUCAUCGUCCUGGACGACAUCCAGGAGAGAAGCAUUGCCACCGACGUGCUGCUCGGGCUUCUCAAAGGCGUCUUGCUGGCGAGGCCGGAGCUGAAGCUCGUCAUUAACACCCCGCCCCUGCUGCUCAGCAAGCUCAGCGCUCACUACGGCGACGUGCCGCUGGUGGAGGUGCCGAGCAGGCGCCCCGUGGAGGUGGUGCACCGCAGCGGGGCUCCGGACGAGGCUCUGGAGUCUGUUUUGCGCCUCAUCCUGGAAAUUCACCACUCUGGUGAGAAGGGCGACAUUGUCGUCUUCCUGGCCUGUGAACAAGAUAUUGAAAAAGCCUACGAAACCGUCUGUCGAGAAGGCUGUCACCCUGACGCAGACCACGGCGAGCUGGUGGUGGUGCCUUUGUACCCAAGAGAGAAGUGUGCGCUGUUCAAGCCAAACGACGAGACAGAGAGAAGCUGCCCAGCCCCUCAGCGGCGAGUGGUGCUGACCGCCAGCCCCGGGGAGGCGCUGAUCGGGAGCAGCUCGGUCCGCUUUGUCAUCGACGUGGGUGUGGAGAGGAGGAAGGUGUACAACCCGCGCAUCCGGGCGAGCUCGCGGGUCAGGCAGCCCAUCAGCCAAAGCCAAGCGGAGGCGCGCAAGCAGAUCCUCAGCUCGUCAGGAAAGCUGUUCUGUCUGUACUCGGAGGAGUUUGCCUCCAAGGACAUGCGGCCGCUGAAGCCGGCCCAAGUGCAGGCGGCCAACCUGACGAGCAUGGUGCUCUUCAUGAAGCGCGUCGCCAUCGCGGGCCUGGGCCACUGCGACCUCCUCAACACACCAGCCCCCGAGAGCCUGAUGCAGGCCCUGGAGGACCUGGACUACCUGGCGGCGCUGGACAACGACGGGAACCUGUCGGAGUUUGGCAUCAUCAUGUCCGAGUUCCCCCUGGACCCACAACUCUCCAAGUCAAUCCUCGCGUCCUGCGAGUUUGACUGUGUAGACGAGAUGCUGACCAUCGCUGCUAUGGUAACAGCUCCCAGCUGCUUCUCACAUCUGCCGCGUGGAGCGGAGGAGGCUGCCCUGACUUGUUGGAAGACAUUUCUACAUCCCGAAGGCGAUCACUUUACCCUCAUCAAUGUUUACAAGGCCUACCAGGACGCAGCUCUGAGCUCCGCCAGCGAGCACUGCGUGGAGAAGUGGUGCCACGAGCGCUUCCUGAACUGCGCCGCCCUGAGGAUGGCGGGUGCCAUCCGCGCCGAGCUCGUGGACAUCGUCCGGCGGAUCGAGCUGCCCUACGCAGAGCCCGCGUUCGGCUCCCAGGAGAACACGCUGAACAUCAAGAAGGCCCUGCUGUCCGGCUUCUUCAUGCAGAUCGCCCGGGACGUGGAUGGGUCGGGCAACUACCUGAUGCUGACGCACAAGCAGGUGGCGCAGCUGCACCCGCUGUCCAGCUACUCGCUCGGCAGGAAGACGCCUGAGUGGGUCCUCUUCCACAAGUUCAGCAUCUGCGAGAACAACUACAUCAGGAUCACGUCCGAGACCUCCCCGGAGCUGUUUGUGCAGCUGGCGCCCCAGUACUACUUCAGCAACCUGCCCCCCAGCGAGAGCAAGGACAUCCUGCAGCAAGCCAUGGACCGCCUGGCCCCCGCCCCCGCCCCGAAAGGGGAGCAGACGCCCUGCGAGAAGUGCCCUGAAACUACUGAACAAAGGUGCGCCCUGCAGUGACGCCUCAGAAGCUCCCAGAGCGCCACGCGCCGUGAACGCCCCGUCGGCCUGCGGGGCCAGCGCCGGGCAGCAACUCACGGGAGGACAGCCUCUGAGCCGCACAGGAGUCUUGAAACAAACUCAUAUUUUGUAUAUUAUUUAAAAAUAAAACAUAGACGUUUUUAUUGA